CUCCAGAUUCGCAUUAUUGACCCGUUUUGAGCGUUUUCGAACUAGGGCUCAAGCAUCGUCUCGGGCAUUUUUUUUUCUUGGAUCGGUACUCGUUUAGCAGCGAAAUUUCCCUUACGCCUUGCCUUCACGUCCCGCGUUCAAAAAUCAAACAACCACCUUCACCGGCUCUCUCUACCACUGGUCCCUUCUGGGCGCCAAUUGCUCUCUAAUUCACCAUUCAAAAUGUCUCUCGUCAACCUUUCUCAUGUCUGCUCGCAUCUCAACAAUGCCACAAAAGCCCGACUGGGGUUUACCUCCAUCCCCAACUCCAACCUACACCUGAAACUAUGCCUCGCCCUCCAGAACUCCGGCUACAUUUCCUCCGUUGUCCGCGGAGGUCCUACUCCUCCUCCUAUCCAUAAUCUUCUCGGAAACCCGACCGUCAAUGACGAGGUCCAGGGUGUGGAGCCAUUGACACAAACCAAUGUUGCCUCGAGACGUCUCUGGCUGGGAUUGAAGUACUGGCAAAGCGAGCCGGUACUGGGAAAGAUGACCAUGGUUAGCAAGCCUACAAGGAGAAUUACCAUCGAUGUUGCUGGUCUGCGCCAGGUUAUUCGUGGGGAGAAGAGCAGCUAUGUUGAGGGAUUACGAUCACCUGGUGAGAGUCUCUACUUGUCGACGGACCAGGGCAUUCUAGAAGCGCGAGAAUGUGUCGAGAAAAAGCUGGGAGGACUGGUUCUUUGUCGAAUUCUCUAAAUCGUAAGAGAGCAAGAUAAAAAGAGUCGAUACUACGCGCGAGUGUGGUGUGUGGGUUUUGCAUUUUAUUCGGAG